AUGGACAAGGUGAGAAAUAAUGUUAUCAGGGAGAUAAUGGGUAUAGAUGUUGACAUCAUAGAAACCAUUGAAUGCAAAAGGCUUAAAUGGUAUGGCCAUGUCGAGAGGAUGAAUGAUCGAAGAUGGCCAAAACGAUUGUUGCAGUGGAAACCCACCAACCGUAGGAAAAGGGGAAGACCGAGAAGGUCCUGGAGACAGGAGGUAGACUGUGCGUUGGAGGAUAGAGGUCUACAACCAGAUGACUGGAAUGAUUGCAAGCGUUGGAGGCUAGGAUGCGAGAAACGGCGACAGCUGUAUCAAAUUCGUUGUAUAUAUAUAAUAUGA